GUCAGGUUCAGAGCAGACAAUGUAUUGAGGAUGUAAUCCAAUUUGCAGCAAGGGAACGUCUCUUCCUCAUGGCUGAUGAGGUGUACCAGGAUAAUGUGUAUGCUGAUGGUUGCCAGUUCCACUCUUUUAAGAAGGUUCUGUUUGACAUGGGGCCAGAGUACUCAAAUACAGUAGAGCUGGUAUCUUUCCAUUCCACCUCAAAAUGCUACAUGGGAGAGUGUGGCUUCCGUGGAGGCUACAUGGAGAUCAUCAAUAUGGACGAUGAGGUGAAGGCCCAGCUGAUCAAGCUGGUGUCUGUCCGUCUGUGUCCUCCUGUUCCUGGACAGGCUCUCAUGGACCUGGUAGUCAACCCUCCGCAGCCUGGGGAACCCUCAUAUAGCACAUUUAUCAAGGAGCGCACAGCCACCUUAAGUGCCUUAGCAGAGAAGGCUAAGCUUACAGAGCAGGCUCUCAAUACUGUGCAAGGCAUCAGCUGCAAUCCUGUGCAGGGUGCUAUGUACUCCUUCCCUUGCAUAACCAUCCCUGAAAAGGCCAUCAAAGAGGCCAUGGACAACGGUCAGCAGCCAGAUAUGUUUUACUGCAUGAAGAUGCUGGAGGAGACGGGGAUCUGCCUCGUACCUGGAAGCGGCUUUGGCCAGAAGGAUGGAACCUACCACUUCAGAAUGACCAUCUUGCCACCAACAGACAAGCUGAAGAUCCUGCUGAACAAAGUAAAGGAGUUCCACCAGAAAUUCACGCAGCAAUAUUCUUAAAUGUCCAAGCGUCUUCUUCCGUUCGCAAAAGGGAGGAGCUCACCAACCACAACAAAAAGAACUUAGCCAAUCAGAAUUCAUCUGUCACUAAUAAGUGCCUUUCCAACGUUGGCUCUGGUCGUCUCUGUGAUGACGCACUUCAGCCUCUGCAGCUACAACAGACAAAAGGCACUGUUUUGUCAGAAAACAAAACUGGAGAUAAUGAAAUUAAAUCAGAGACCUGUGUCAAGUUUGGGGAAAAUAUGGUGUCAGCUUGUGUGUUGAGUUUUGAAAGAUGUACAGUACUAUAGUUCUGUGUAUUUGUAAUAAUAUGAGAGCUAGAUUGUCAAUGUGAAUACCAAGCUUUAAAAAAAAAAAUUGAAAAAAAGGUACAAUUGCAAGAAAAGUGAUGCUGCUUAAAACCCUGAAUAAGUGUACGACUGGCUGCAAUAUUUCAUUCCACAGGGAGAAUAUGUAGAAAAGUCUUAUUUGAAUGAUAAUUCAAAGCUGAUUUUGUAGAAUCAAAAUAAAUGUAACCGUGUA